CAUAACCUCAUGUACAAUUACACACUUUUCGGUUAGCGUUCACGACAUAAGGUCUAGUUUGGGAGGCUGUGUUUUCAACUCUUUCCAUCUAAUUUUCUGUUGUGUGAGUUUCUAAAAGUUAUCAAGCUAUAUAGAAACAAGAAACGCGCUAACACGAGAAAAGCUGUAGUCCAGUGAAGUUUCCAGAGAUUCCUGCAUGGCCCAGAGCCAGACAAAGUGGGGUCUCACACAAAUCGGGCUGGCAAUUGCCUUGCAGCAAAGCCAUCAAUACGACAAGACAAGACAAGACAAGACAUAACCUCAUGUAAGAGUUUGUUGUGGUUCGCACGUGUACACAAAUUAUUUCAACUUAUGUAGUACAUUUUCGUUUUAAAUUAUUACUAAUAAGUACUUUGUGAGAAAUGGAGUACACUGUUGGAAGUCUCGCUGACUUAAUAUCUGGUAAAAAUACACCAAAUAAACCUAAGGUAAAAAAAGUUGCAGUUAAACAAGAAAAUAAAUCUGAAGAACAGGAUACACCAAAAUCAAAAAAUAAGGAAAAGAAAAAGCUCAAACCGUCAGUUAGUGUUUUAGAACAGGAAAUAGUUUCUUCUAGUGAUUCUGUUAAAAAGAACCAAAAAAAGAAAAAAAGGAAGAUAUCAGAUAGUCAAGAUGAUGACAAUAUUCCAGAAAAACUACUUGAAAAGGGCAUAAAACAGAAAAAGCGUAAAUCUUCUACUAGUCAGGACGAAGAACAAAUUACGGAAGGCUCAUUAAUAAAAAAGGGAAAAAAUAAGAAACGGAAAACAUCUGUAGGCACGGCGAGUAUAGAAGAUACAGAAUCACUGGUAGAGAAGACAAGUAGCAAAACACAUAAAAAUAAAUCUAAUUUAAAUGGAAGCAGUUUAGCUGAUAGUGAUGAUGAGGAGAAUCUUGAUGAAAAAGUAAAUAGUGAACAGAAUGGUCAAGAAGAGAAAGAAACUCCAAAAAAGAAAAUUAAAGUGGAACAUGAUCCAGAGGAGCAAGAAAGAACAAUAUUUGUAGGUAAUGUUCCAAUCAAGAUUAAAAAGAAAAAAAUAAAACAAUUUUUCAAUAAGUACGGAACAAUUGAAACUUUGAGGAUUAGAGGUAUUCCCGUUGCUGAUCCAAAGAUACCUAAAAAGGUGGCUGCAAUUAAAAAUGAAUUUCAUCCUGAUAGAAAUAGUGUUUACUGUUACAUAAGAUUUUCUAAUAAGGAAGAAGCUGAAAAAGCCUUAGAAGCAAAUGGCAGUGUAUUUCAAGAACAUCAUUUAAGAGUACAUAAUUGUGUUACCAAAGAAAAACCUGAUGAAUCUAAAGCAAUAUUCAUAGGAAACUUAGGUUUUAAUGCUGAAGAAGAAGAACUGUGGAAGUUAUUUGAACCUUGUGGCCCGAUAUCUUCAGUAAGGAUUAUAAGAGAUUCAUAUACAGGUAUGGGCAAAGGCUUUGCCUAUGUCAACUUUCAAGAAUCUGAUGCGGUACAAUUAGCACUUGAAAUGGAAAAUGUAAAGCUUGGUAAUAGAGAACUGAGAAUUAAAUUGUCCAGUGUAAACACUGCUAAGAAAAAUAAAAAGAAAGAAAAUAAACAGAAUGCAACAAGACGUAAGAUGGGAAGAGAAAGAAAAAGUGGACAGGCAGAAAAUAUCGAAGGUGAUGGUAAAACUCUCAAGAAAGACAAAAGGCGCAUGGUUUUUAAUAACAAAGGUUUUCAAGGUUCCAAAGUUAAUAAAGAUAAAAAGAAAUUCAAAGUGGAUAAAGGAGCCCUGGAUAAAAAACGAAAAAUGAAGAAAGUAGCUCCUCAUUAGUUAGAUUAAUUAACAAAAGGAAAAUUUUGUUUUUAUUGAUGUUUACAAAUAAUUCUUGUUAUUAUUUCGAAAAUAAUAAUUGUAUAAAGAAUAAAAUUAUACACCCUAUA